GCCCCUGAAUUAACUACAGGUUCCAGAUAACCAGGAAUUUGUCACGUAUUUGUUGCUUUGGUUUCACAAUAUGGCUGCUUCAUAGAAAAUACGACAUAACGUAGCUGAAUUAGUAAAUUACGUUUUGUGGAAUCAAGAUGGCUGGCGAACCCUCAGAGAAGAAGGACGGCGACCCGUCCGCGGGGAAGGAGCGCGAGAGGAAACGCAGCCGCUCGAGAUCCAGGGAGCGCGAGCGCAGGGGCUCUCCCGGCAAAGAGCGCAAGCGCCACCGGUCUCGCGAGCGGAGGAGGUCCCGCAGCCGCUCCAAGUCCGCAGAAAGAGACCGGCGUCUGAAAGACAAGGAGAGGGAGAAGGAUCGGGACCGGGCUCGCAAGGACCGCGACCGUGAGAAGGACAGCCAUCGCCGUGACAAAGACCGCGGCAGGAAGUCCAGGAGCGCUUCCCCCAAGUCCAAAGAUGGCAAGCUAAAGAGAGAAAGGGAUUUGAAGAAAGAGGAGGAUGAAGAGGAAAAUAAGAAGAAAGAGAAGGCACAGCCUCUCUCUCUGGAGGAGUUGUUGGCGAAGAAGAAAGCAGAGGAAGAGGCAGAGGCCAAGCCCAAGUUCCUGUCGAAGGCGGAGCGGGAGGCCGAGGCCAUAAAGCGGAGGGAGCAGCAGACGGAGGAGAGGAGGAAGGCGGUGGAGGACGAGCGGAAGAAGAGGAGGGUGUUCCAGGACAUCGGGAGGAAGAUGAUGGAGGACCCUCAGGAGCGUGAGCGGCGUGAACGGAGGGAGCGGAUGGAGAGAGAGAACAACGGCAACGAGGAAGACGAUGGGCGGCAGAAGAUCCGUGAGGAGAAGGACAAGGGCAAAGAGCUGCAGGCUAUUAAGGAGCGGUACCUGGGAGGAGUGAAGAAGAGGAGGAGAACGCGUCACCUGAACGACAGGAAGUUUGUGUUCGAGUGGGAUGCGUCCGAGGACACCUCCAUCGAUUACAACCCCAUAUACAAAGAGAAGCACCAGGUGCAGCUCUAUGGCCGUGGCUUCAUCGCUGGGAUCGACCUCAAGCAACAGAAGAGGGACCAGUCCCGUUUCUACGGAGACCUGAUGGAGAAGAGGCGCACACUGGAGGAGAAGGAGCAGGAGGAGCUGCGGCUGAAGAAGGUUCGGAAGAAGGAGGCCAAGCAACGCUGGGACGACCGGCACUGGUCCCAGAAGAAGCUGGACGAGAUGACGGACCGAGACUGGAGAAUCUUCCGGGAGGAUUACAGCAUCACCACCAAGGGCGGCAAGAUCCCCAACCCCAUCCGCAACUGGAAGGAGUACAACCUGCCGCCCCACAUCGUGGAGGUCAUCGACAAGUGUGGCUACAAGGAUCCCACCCCCAUCCAGAGGCAGGCCAUUCCCAUUGGCCUACAGAACAGGGACAUCAUCGGCGUGGCCGAGACCGGCAGUGGCAAGACGGCCGCCUUCCUCAUCCCUCUACUGGUCUGGAUCACCACCCUGCCCAAGAUCGACAGGAUUGAGGACUCGGACCAGGGCCCGUACGCAGUGAUCCUCGCCCCCACCCGUGAGCUGGCCCAGCAGAUCGAGGAGGAGACCAUCAAGUUCGGGAAACCGCUAGGAAUCCGCACCGUGGCGGUGAUCGGAGGAAUCUCACGAGAGGACCAGGGCUUCCGCCUCAGGAUGGGCUGUGAGAUCGUCAUCGCCACGCCCGGGCGUCUGAUCGACGUGCUGGAGAACCGCUACCUGGUGCUGGGCCGCUGCACCUACGUGGUCCUGGACGAGGCCGACCGCAUGAUAGACAUGGGCUUCGAGCCCGACGUGCAGAAGAUUCUGGAAUACAUCCCCGUCACCAACCAGAAGCCCGACACAGAUGAGGCCGAAGACCCGGAGAAGAUGAUGAUGAACUUUGAGUCAGGAAAACACAAGUACAGACAGACUGUGAUGUUCACGGCUACCAUGCCCCCGGCAGUAGAGCGGCUGGCUCGCAGUUACCUACGGCGCCCCGCGGUGGUGUACAUCGGCUCUGCAGGCAAACCGCACGAGAGGGUGGAACAGAAGGUUCUGCUCAUGUCAGAGGGAGAGAAGAGGAAGAAGCUUCUGGAUGUUCUGGCCCGAGGAUUCGAGCCGCCUAUCAUCAUCUUCGUUAACCAGAAGAAGGGCUGUGAUGUACUGGCCAAGUCCCUGGAGAAGAUGGGGUACAAUGCCUGCACACUGCACGGUGGUAAGGGGCAGGAACAGAGAGAGUUUGCGCUCUCCAACCUGAAGGCCGGUGCAAAGGACAUCCUGGUGGCCACAGACGUGGCCGGUCGAGGUAUCGACAUUCAGGACGUCUCCAUGGUCCUCAACUACGACAUGGCCAAGAACAUCGAGGACUACAUCCAUCGUAUCGGCCGUACCGGUCGCGCGGGGAAGAGUGGUGUGGCCGUGACCUUCCUCACCAAAGAGGACUCCACCGUCUUCUACGACCUGAAGCAGGCCAUCCUGGAGAGCCCCGUCUCCACAUGUCCCCCGGAGCUGACCAACCACCCGGACGCCCAGCACAAACCCGGCACCAUCCUCACCAAGAAGAGGAGAGAGGAGACCAUCUUCGCCUGAGGGGCGCCUCUCCGCUCCUCUACCCCUCUGCCGUCUGCUUUUCCUUCACUCUUUCUGUAGCUCCUCUCUUCUUCUGUUCCUCCUCUUCCACGGCGGGAGAAACCACGGGAACAGCAUGAGGGGUGGGGGACUAUGGGAACGGAAUAAGGGGGUGGAGCAUGGGAAAUCAUGGGAAUGGCGUAACGGUUGGAGAGUUGGAAACCAUGGGAACAGCAUAAGGGGUGGGGCAGUGGACGCCAUGGCAACAGCAUACCAUUCGCUGGAGAUUGGCAGUUACUGGUCUGAACUGUGAAUUAGUGAAGAGGAAAGAUGUGAAUCUUGGUGGAAUCUAUGAGCACUGCCCCCCCAGAUCUAUGUUUAAUGCUUGCAAGGCUAGAAAAGACCGUUUUAUACAAGUAUACAGUGUUUAUUUAGUUAAUUGGAUUAAAGUUGGUUUCAUUUUUUAGUUUUCAAUUCAAACAUGAAGAACUAUAAAUUCAAAUCACUGAUACAAACCCUUUGGUUUAUUCUGAGGGUACGUAUACUCUUUCUGUAAACUAGGAAUUGUAAUUAAUGUCAGGUGAAGUCUGUUAAAAUGUUAAAUUGGUCUGAAAUGUUUUAGUGUUUCAAUAAAUUCCCAGUUUUUGACA